UUCAACAAUAGACACGCCCACUCGCAUCCUCAUCACAUGACUGUCUCAUGCAUGUCACAUGACUUAUACGAGAACUCUUCCCUAGGCCUACGCCUGCAUACACGCAGAAAUCCUGAUCCUGAUCAUGGCUUAUGGAACCGUGUUUUUAGCUGCUAUUUUGUCCCUUUCAGUUGGUUCAUCUUUAGCAAAGUGUGGAUAUCAGUCAUGCAACCCAACUAAGCCAAACCGAGUGAAUGUUCAUCUAGUCCCACACACUCAUGAUGAUGUGGGAUGGCUCAAGACCGUAGAUGAAUAUUUCUAUGGAGCCAAUAACAGCAUUCAGCAUGCAGGAGUGCAGUACAUCCUGGACUCGGUCAUCUCCGCACUCGCAAAGGACCCUGGGAGGCGAUUCAUCUAUGUCGAGUCGGCAUUUUUCGAGAGAUGGUGGCAUCAACAGGAUGAGAAGACGCAGUUUCAGGUCAAGCAGUUUGUCAAUGAUGGUCGGCUCGAGUUCAUCAAUGGAGGGUGGAGUAUGAAUGACGAAGCCUGCACACAUUACAACGCCAUCAUAGAUCAGAUGUCUAUGGGUCUAAGAUUCCUCGUCAACACCUUUGGAAAAUGUGGCAUUCCGAGGGUGGCGUGGCACAUCGACCCCUUCGGCCACUCAAGGGAACAGGCCUCCCUCUUUGCCCAGAUGGGCUUUGAUGGAUUCUUUUUUGCGAGACUUGGCUACAAUGACAAACUCCACCGUCUGAACACAAAGAGGAUGGAGGAAAUCUGGCAAAGUAACCCAAGCAUCGGAAGCGUGUCCGAUCUUUUCUUUGGCGCCCUCUAUGCCCACUAUGGUCCGCCGACAGGCUUCUGUUUCGACCAGACCUGCAACGACCCUCCCAUACAGGAUGAUCCAACACUCUUUGACUACAAUGUGGAUGAGCGUGUAGCAAAAUUCACAAAGUAUGCAAAAGACCAGGCAGCGUUCUUCCAGACGGAUAACAUCAUCAUGACCAUGGGCUCGGACUUCCAGUAUGAGAAUGCUAACGCUUGGUAUAAGAACCUUGACAAGCUCAUCAAAUAUGUCAAUGCGAAGGAGGAGGAGUCAGGCAUCCACCUUCUCUACUCCACUCCGUCCUGCUAUGUCUCCAACCUGAAUGCGGCAAACAAGACUUGGACUACUAAGAAAGAGGAUUUCAUGCCGUAUGGUGAUGCCCCGCAUAACUUUUGGAGCGGGUAUUUCGUGAGCCGCCCGUCGAUCAAAGGAUACGUGAGGGAGUCGAACAAUAUCCUCCAGGUGUGCAAGCAGUUAGAGUGUCUCAAGACUACCAAAGCAUCGUCAGAAAGACUGAGAGAGGCUAUGGCUAUUGCCCAGCAUCAUGAUGCCGUAACUGGUACAGAGAAGCAGCAUGUUGCAGAUGAUUAUGCCAAAAGGCUCUCCAUGGGACGGGUUCAAUGCCAGGCGUUGAUCAGCGAAGCCAUCUCAAGCGAUAUUUCUCAGAAAACUGGUUUCAAGAUGGAUGCUACUACGUCUGAUCAUUGUAACUACGCCAACAUCAGCAUCUGCCCAACCUCCGAAACCCAGAAUUCCUUCACGGUAGUGGUGUACAACCCUAUCGCACGCUCUGUGACGUCACCGAUCAGACUUCCAGUCAACCAGGCUACUUACACCGUCAUGGGCCCUAAUGGAACAACGGUCUCCAGUCAGAUUCAAGAUGUGACGGCAAGCACUAAGAGCGUGAGGAGGGAUAGAGGGAGCGCUACUAAGGAACUCAUCUUCAUGGCAACCAUACCGCCAAUGGGAUACACCACAUACCAAGUCACUGCACCUUCAAUGAAUAUGAUAUCCCGUCUCGGGGCGAUUCGUCACAGCCGUCCAGCCACAACUAUCAAUAGGGUAGAUGGAGAUGUGAUAAUAUCCAAUGAGAUCCUGAGUCUGAGCUUUGAUGGAAUCACCGGCCUCUUGAAAUCAAUGACCAACUUGGGGUCGAACAUCAGCAACAUUAUGACCCAGUCUUUCUACUGGUACGAAUCCAGCACAGGGAACAACGUCUCGAUACAAGGCUCGGGGGCCUACAUCUUCCGACCUAACAAAUCGGUCCCAUAUCCUCUGUUUGAUGGGACGUCGGUGCUGGUUAAAGUGGUCAAGGGUGAUGUAGUACAAGAGGUUCAACAGCAGUUCACACCUUGGUUGAGCCAGGUGGUCAGACUAUACAAAGGUCAAAGUGCAGCAGAGUUCACAUGGACGGUUGGCCCUAUCCCUAUUGGUGAUGGUUUGGGCAAGGAGAUCAUAACACGAUUUGACACCAAUAUACAGUCGGGUCAGACGUUCUACACGGACUCCAAUGGUAGACAGAUGAUGAAAAGAGUUCUGUAUCAACGGGAAGACUAUCCAUAUGUCAACAGCGAACCAGUUGCAGGCAACUACUAUCCAAUUAACAGUCGGAUCAUCAUCAAUGAUACCAUGUCUCAGUUUACAGUCAUGACGGACAGAUCACAGGGGGGAAGCAGUCUCAGCAAUGGCUCGGUUGAAAUUAUGAUUCAUCGUAGGAUUCUUAAGGAUGACAAUCGGGGCGUCGGUGAACCUCUGAACGAGACUGGCCAGUUUGGUGACGGGCUCAUGGUCCGAGGAACCCAUACCGUUUCCUUGGCGACGCCCAAGAAAGCUGCCUACAUCCAGCGUAUACUUGGGGAGGAAAUCUACAUGAAGCCAUAUUUCUAUGUCUCCACGGCAAUGGGAAACCAGUCUCCAGUAUCUUCGUCUUUCAUCAGUCAAGCUCUUCCAGCCAAUGUUCACCUUCUGACGCUAGAGCAGCUCAAACCAAACAUCCUCCUCCUAAGGCUAGAGCAUCAGUUUGAGGUCGGAGACGACAAAGCUUUCUCCAAGCCUGUCACAGUUUCUCUUAGGGAUCUGUUCAAACCCUUUGGAAUAUCUGAUGUCGAGGAGCUAUCCCUAUCAGCCAACCAGGUCUUGAAGAGUGUCGAUCGUCUUCAGUGGAAAAUUGAGGGCAGUUCCACCACAACCCCACAAGCUUUCAAACCCAUCCCUGCGACAGCCCCAGACUUCAAUGUGACACUCAAUCCAAUGGACAUCAGGACGUUCAACGUUACGGUCAGCCGACACUGAGGAUGCCUCCAUUUUAGCUAUAUAAAGUAGAUGUACUGCACUUGAUUUCAGUAGAUGCAAGAGUGUAUCUUAGCAAAGUGUGCUGGUAUGAAAACACACAUCUGGAAGGGAAACUGCAUAAUUCUGUCACAUAGAGUUAGAAUCACAUCUUAAAGGUAUAGACCAGUUUUGGAAACGCCCUCCUCUCAAAAAAUGAAAUGGAAGUUCUUAUUACCAAUC